UAUAUAUAAUUAUUAAAUUGAAUCUUCUUUUUCUGUAUUAUAAUAACAAAAUGUGUACAAAAAAUAUGGAAUUGAAUUAUGUAAUCAAAGAGUUGAAAACAUGUACAGAAGAUAUUACUAUUUUCAGAAAAUUAAUAAAUUUUACUUCAUCAUGCACAAAAUCCUGGGAUGAUGAAUAUUUGAAACAAUGGCAACCAGUCCUUAUAUGUAUCAUAGAAAUUUUUAUUCCAAAUACAGAAACCAGAAGAGAAAGAACUCUAUUGGCUUCUCACACAUUUUUUGCUUUAUUAUCAAUGCAAUCUUCUUUGGUUCUUUUAAAAGAAACUUUUAUAAACCUUUUAGAUUCUAAACAUAACGAACUACACAUUUUCGAUAAAAAAUAUGACAUCCCCGAAUUAGAACUAUUUAAAUUGAUUUGCGCUUAUGGAUAUUUACAAGUUAAUCGUAGUGAAAUAUAUUUUGAUGAUAUUUGUUUUCUUAUUUUUAAUCUUAUAUUCGAACAUUGUAUAAAAUAUACUAAAUAUUCUUAUUUUGCAUAUAAAAUAUUAUACAUGUGCUUGCAAAGAACCAUGCAUACAAGUUUUUGGAAUAUAUAUUCAGAAUUAGAACAAAAACUUGAAACAAUUAUUUUUUCAAAUUGGUGUAAUGCUAUUAAUGAUAUAAGUAAGCAAAAUUCAAUGCUUAUUUUUAAUAUGUAUUUGAAAAUUAUGGAAAAAAAAUAUAAUGGAUAUUCGGAAUAUCUCUUUAAACAUUGUGUUAAUACAAUUUCUUGGCAAAAUGAACUAAAGUACGAUAUACUCGCAGAAAUAUGCGAAGUUUGUAAUCAAACUAAAAUUAUUACAUCUCAUGACUUUUUACUUUCUUUAUGUACUAGUUUAACGAAAUAUUAUUUGCGUUCAGCGGGUACAAAAGUUUAUAUUGCUAUUGUAAAAAAAUUAAACGAAAAUGAAUGGAAGGAAGCAUUUGGACAUAUAAUAAACUAUCUCUUUCAUCAUUGGGAAUCAUCAGAGAACCAAAAUCAUAAUGCUCUUCAAUUACUUUGUAAGCAUUGGCUUGAACCAAUUAUUAAAAAAUAUAAAAAUCUUUUACCUUAUUUAUGGAAUUUUAUCAUAGAUAUAAAAGAACAUUUUUUACGUUCACAUCUUCAAAAAAUGGCUUGUGAAAUGCAUAUUGAUCUUCCAGAACAAACAAGCAUUGAAUGUUAUAUAAAUCAUAAUAAUGAAAUUGUAAGAUUGAAUGGAUUUGCCAUAAAUUGUUAUGAAAUAAUUAAAUUAUAUAAGGAAAAUAGAGAUCAAUUUUUUACAAUAAGAAAUUUUCUAUGGCUUAAUGCAAAUAGCACAACAAUUUACAUGAGAAAUGGAAUUGUAAAAUAUUUUAAAAUAUUUUAUAUUAAUAUUUUAAAAAUGUGUGAUAAUAAUCCAGAUUCUAUAUAUGAUAUAAUAUAUAUCACACAUUGGUUACACGAAUUUUUUUUAGAUUGUUUUGAAAUUGGUUCUUGUUAUCAAAGAAAAAUUCUUGGUUUAAACUUAUAUAAAGCCAUACUUUCAUUUACUGAUGAAUGUAUUAUAAAUAAGUCUAAGAGUGUAGAAAAUAUUUCAUGUAUGUUAUUUCUGAAAAAAAAUUUAAUAACAACUGAAAAUUGGAAACUUACAAAUAGAAAAAGUUUAUUUAUUCUAUUAAAACUUGUAUUAGAUUCUGCACUUGAUGUUAAACAAUUAUCUACUUCUAUUAUUCUUAAUUAUUUUGAUAAAGAUAUUUUAUCUGAUACAGAGAAAGAGAUAUUAUUUCAUACGGCAUUAAAACAUUGCAAUUCUUCUAAAUUCUAUGAAAUUGAAAGUGGUGCAGCUCUUAUAUCAAUUUUAGUAAUUUGGUUGCCUCUGAAUUUUUUACAUAAUGAUUGCAAUAAUUAUUUGAAAUAUUCACAUUUUUUAUAUAAUGAAGCUACGGAUCAAUUAAUGAAGAUGAAAGAAGAUGUAUUAAAGGCAAUUGUUCAAAAUAAACCAUUUUAUGGUAUGAUGACUGCCUUAUUAAAUAUUACUUUUCAAAAUAAUCGAGAAAGUUGUAACAUAAGUAUCGAAUUUAUUGAAAAAAUAUUAUAUUUAUUGGAAGAUGCUAUAAAUUUCUUUUUAUAUAUAUUUUCUUCAAAAUCUGAAAAUAAAGGUAGAUUUUAUUUAAUUUCAAUUAAAAUUUAUUUGAAAAAUGUUCUUUUGAAUGAUAUCGUAAUUGAAUCUACAGAAUAUUCAUCAUCAUUUGCGGAAAUGGGAUUAGCGAUUAAUGAAACAAUUAGAAAUAGUGAAAUAGACAGUCUCAACUUUGAUGAUUUAAGUUUAACUCCUGCACAUCAUAUACUUAUUUCUUGCAUUUGGAUGUCUUUAAAGGUAUCCUGUGAAAUAGCUUGUGAAAUAGGUAUAUUAAUGUAUUCCGAUGAUAUUAUUAAACGUUCCGCUAAUAUUAUUAUUACUGUAUUACUCAGAUGUAGACAUAAAGGAGUAGUAGAAGCUGCUGGUACAGCAAUAGCACAAUUAACAAGAUAUUUAUGCAAACAAGCUAAGUAUUCUAAUUUACCAAAAAAAUAUAUAUUACGUAUAAUGGAAAAUGAUUCUAUGCAUUCUUUAAACAUUACAAGAAGGGCUGCUGGAUUAUCAAUAAUGUUUUAUAAAAUAGUUGUUAGCGACGAUAGACGAGAAAGGCCUCUUUUACAUUUUGCAGUACAAAAAUUAUUAGAUCUGCUUGAUAAUAUUUCGGAUAUAAAUUUAAAAAGCAUAGAAUCUCAACAUGAUUCUCCAUGGGCAAGAUAUUUGCAUUUUUUAAAGGCUUUAGUAGCUGAUAAAGAAUUACAUGCACAAUUAAUGCCAUACAUGGAAAAAAUAUCAUUAACUUGUUUCAGAUAUUUAGAAUCUGAAAUAUGGACUAUUAGAAAUGCAGGUCUACAAUUAUUUAGUGCUAUAAUUUCAAGAUUAACUGGACAAAAUUAUAAUGAUACAUUAGAUUUUGGAAAUGGUUAUUCAAUUAAUCAUUUUGUUACACAUUAUCCUGUGCUUGCAGAUCAUGUUAUGAAAGAAUUACAUAGAUUUUCUUUCACAUUUACAAAAUUUUCUACUACUUUAUAUUUACAUUCGAAUAUUGUACAUAUUCUUAUACUUCUCUCAAAAUUUUCGAGUAGUGCUUGUAAUUUAAUUGAUUAUUCUUCACAAAAAUAUGUAUUAAAAUUAAAACAUUUACUUUUUAUGUUACUUGAAAAUCCUGUUUUAUAUGUUAGACUUUUAGCUGCAAAAGCAUACACAGCAUUAACAAAUUUUUUACAAAUUAAAUUUGAAUUUAAGAAAUUAAAGUGCAAUGUCUCUUCAUGUCAAAAUAUUAAUUUAAUUCAUGGUUGUUUGUUAACUAUGAAAUUUUUGAAAGAAAAAUUAUCUUUUGAAAUUGAAAAUAUAAAUUCAUAUUUGGAUAUUAAACAAUAUAAAAAUUAUGAAUUAAAAAAAUCUACAGAACUGCUACGAUUUAAAAAAAUAUUACAACUUUGGAGCAAUGUGUCUAAAGAAAAAAAUAAUUUACAAAUUUGUUACAUAUUAGAAACGCUAUUUUUAGAAUUAAACAAAUUUAUUUCCGACGAGAUAUCUGAUAAAGAUUUAUUUACUUUUAAUGAAAACACAUAUUUACUCUCUUCUGAAAAGAUAAAACCAGGAUUUUUUCAAUUUAUCGAUGUCUCUACAAAAUUGUAUGUUGAUUAUAUAAAUCGUACAAAUAACAUUGAUAUUGAUAUUUUACAUAAAAUUUUGAACUCUCCUUGCAUUGAUCAAAGUAUUUCUUUUUUAAAUCAUGUGUCACAUUGCAUUCCAAUAUUAAAGAUUGUACUUAAAUAUUUAUUAUCUGAUGAAUAUAUCAUUCAUAACGAAUUACUUUUAAAAGCAAUGAUAAAUUAUAUUUUGAAGACAUUAAAACAUUUACCAUUACUUGAUAUAAAUGAAUUAGACAUUGAAAAGAUAAUAAAAAAUUUAUUUAAUGAAAAAUUAGAAAUUAAAAAAUAUUCUGAUUUAUGGACUUUAAGAUGUGUAUUGAUAAUUUUUUCCCGAAAUGAGUUUAUGAUAAAUGAAAUAAUAUCUCAUGCACUUAGUUUAACUAUUCACAAAGAAGAAUAUAUGAGACAAAUUGCAGUUGAAUUUAUACAAUUUGCGAUUUAUAGGUUUUCAGAAUUAACAAGUAAAAAUAAAUUGACUGUUUUACAUUGUUGUUUAAUUUUAUUGAAAGAUGAAAUUGCAGAAAUACGUGAAAUUAUUGCAGAAAAUUUAAAAACACAUGUUCUACAGACAAUUAAUAGUGAAUACAGUACUUUAAAGCAUAAUGAACAUAUAUAUCAAAAAUUAUUAUCAGAAGUGAUACUUGAAAAAUUAAAUUUUCCUAUAAAUAAUGAUAUGAAUUUUUUUUUUAUAAAAUUGUUCACUCAUAAUAUUAAAUAUUUUGAUAGUAAUACUGUUAUUGAAAAUCCUUUUUAUCAUGAUGAUAAUCCCUUUUAUAGAGAAAAAUCAAAAUUUUUAAAUCUUUGCUUUUAUUAUAUCAAACAAAAAAGUUAUAUUAAUUGUUCUUCAAAAGAUAAUAUGAUAGAAUACAAUAACAAAAAAUAUAUAGAGGUUCUAAGUAUAAUUAAAACAAAAUAUCAAUUACAAAAAAAAUGUUGUUUCAAUGAUACUAAUUUAGAAAAUAUUUUAAAUACUAAAUAUGUAAAUUAUUUAUUAAAGAAACAAAAAAUUGUAUUACAGAAUUAUAACUAA